AUGGGUCUCGUUAUCUCUCUCGUCCGAUUGACCUGGGCCGUAUCCUAUGCCGCCUUCUCGCUCACAUCAUUCAUCGUCACUGGCUUCGCCAUCUUAGGAGAACGGACUCCCAACCGUGUCGCUAAUGUCGUCCUCAGUCUGACCAGUAACCAGUAUUCUGAGUUCCCACUGAUCAUGUUCUUCUUGGACCUCCUCUUCCAGUCCUGGCUCUCUGUCACCGGUACCUUCUAUGUUUCACCCAUGGCCCGGUUCUUCUCAUAUGUCAAUGUGAUCACGGCUGCAGGAACUCUCUACUUGUUCAAGCGGUCUCUUGAGUGUCAGGUUGUCGUUGAAAACUUCCUCGGCGAGAUCUCUAAGGAAAACAAGACGAAAUUCAAACUCCCGGGAGUGACCUCACCCAAGUUCUGGAAACAGUUCAUGAACCCAUUUCACUGGCCUCGCAACUUUACUCUCAAUGAAAACAUCCCUUACUGGACGUCGAAGGAGCAGAUGUAUGCCAUGAACACUGACGGCUGGGAAUCGGUUCUGGAGAUGGCUGUAGAUGUCUACCGACCCGACAACGUUGAGGGUGGUCAUGAUCGGCCUGUGCUUAUGUAUAUCCAUGGCGGCGGAUGGACAUCAGGAAGCAAGAAGUCGAUUGGACCCUUGGUGACAGAAAUGAUUGCUCAGAACUGGGUCGUUGUUGCUGUCAACCAUCGCCUCAAGACCAAGGACGGAUACCCUACUCAACUCAUCGACUGCAAGCGUGCUCUCCGCUGGAUCAGGGAAGAGGUUCAGACGUUUGGCGGCGAUCCUCACAAUGUUGUUGUUACUGGCGAUUCAUCUGGCGGUCAAUUAGCGGCGAUGCUUGCUCUCACACCCAACGACCCGGCAUAUCAACAUGGAUUCGAGAAGGUUGAUACCUCUGUCCAGGGCUGUCUUGUCCAGAGCGCCGUGUUGGAUUUGGUGGAUGCGAACGAUUAUAGAGCUGCGAACGGUAGAGAGCGGUUCAUUAGGGAGGUGGCUCUUCGUCCAGGAUUCCCCGAGUCUGCCGAAAGAGACCUCGACACGUGCCCUGUUGAGACAGCCCGCGACUUUGUGAAAGAGUUCCGCAAGAAGAGCACCGCGUCAAUCAACUACCUCGAGAUUCCAGGUGGCCACCACUGCUUCGAGAUGUACUCCUCGCCCAGGGGAUGGUACACUACCAUUGCCACCGCCGAGUGGCUGAACCACAACUUCAACCAACCCGCUGCCAGCGAAAAUAAGAUUGCCCGAGUGCACGAGCUCGUCGAGUGGUGGCAUGAGAACAAUUAG